UUGUCAUCCACUCACUCCGACUUCUUUUAAUUAAUAUUUGAGUAUUAAAGUGCCAACCUGUGGUAACUGUGUGCUAACGGAAGUUAACUGCGGUUUAUUAUUCCGUUAUUCCAUUUUAUUUAUUCUGUUGGCGAAAAUAGAGUAUGAAACUCGUAAAUACGUUUGCUUUAGAUGAUACGCAAACCAAAAAUUACUUCUUUCUAGUCUCAAGAAUGCAAGGAAGGUUUAAAUUACAUCAAAUACUAAUACAAGCUUCUGUAGUUUUUGCAGGUUAAAUUACUGUUUGCAUAAGAUCGCAUCCUAGUGUGGAGUUGACACAAUUUUCUCGUUUAUUUUCCUAUUUGAUAGGAUUUUUGUGACAGAAGCCAUUAUAAUUGUUAGGCAAACAGAUAUGUUAUUUUUCGUGAGCAGCGCAAAGUAGGUCUUCGGGCAUAUUUGGCGCAGUCGCUAUAUAUAUAUUUACAGUCGAAAAAAUGAAUUGCAACCAUAGAUGUAUUUUUCCCACGAAAUUAGGCAAGGUAAUGUUUACACCUUUUUGUACCACAGUCUUUUUAUCUUUAAGAACUAAGCGUACUCAUGAAUACUAGGGCGUAUAGAAAGACGAACUGAUAUUACAAAGGCUGAAAGGCCAGUACUUGUGAGGCGACGUGCGUGACGUGAGGCAGUGAAGGCGGAAGUUAUAACAAGCACAACCUGAAUAAACAGCCAAGAGAAACUCAUAGAAAUACUUGUUAUAUCCAUAUUAGCUUGCGGAACUUGGCUUCGCUGAUUCGCUUUCACUAUAGGAUAGCAUAAAUAAGCGGCUUACUUGAACUAAAAAUAGCGGAAAUGUAUGAAAGGUUGAGCGUUUAGAUAUCAUGGGGUUAACUUGGGAACACAGUUUACUUCAAAUACAUUGGGUGAGGAAAGUGUCUGAAACUACCAACUACAUUGCGACAAAUAAAGUGGUCCAAGACUCAAAGACCACUUUGGGAGUAUCCAUGCAUGAGAAUAAUUCAACGAGGCCGUGUUUGUUUUUGGUUUACAAGCCUCAGAGUAUUCGGCUCGCUCGAGAUGCGUACAUUGCGGCUGCGGCCAUCAACUGCAUCACGAUGUUUCCCGCCAUUAUCUUGAACGUGCUUCUGAUGAGAGCGAUGUCUCGUUCGCCUGCUCUUCGGAAGCCACCGACUCUUCUCCUGUACAGUGUUUCUGCGUCGGAUUUACUACUUGGUCUGAUCGUACAGCCGGGAUAUCUCGCCAAGAAGGUCGGAGAGCUCACUGAUAACUUUCACAUUUAUUGCAAGAGUGCAAUGUUAACGUACGUUGUAGGGAAUUCCUUGACGGCAGUGUCAUUACUCAAUCUUACUGCUAUCGCCAUUGAUCGAUAUCUCGUCGUGACUUCGGGAAUCCACUACCCGAGCAAGGUGACCAAAUGUCGCUUGUUUGUGAUUAUUGCGUUUAUAUGGACUUUUGCCAUAUCUAUAGCUUUGGGACAAAUUGUGAUUAAAAGGUUCCUGGUGCUUCUUUCAACGCUAUGUUACACCAAAGCGAUGUAUACCAUCAAAAGACAACAGACGCUCAUGAAUGCCGCAACCAGGAACAAUGCACGCACAGAACGCUACCGAAAGUCUAUAGUUACCAUGGUAACUGUAUUUAUCAUUUUCAUACUUUCCUACACGCCAUUUUGCGUCUCUGUGGUCAUGGUUGCAGCCAUGGGUGAGUCUGCAAAAUCCUGGUCAGCGGAGGCGCUUUGCUCUGUGAUAGCCUUUACAAACGCUUGUGUGAAUCCUCUCAUUCUGUUUUGGCGUAUCAGAGAAAUCAGAAACGCCGGGAGGCAGCUUUUGGCAGGGCUGAGCCUGCACACAGGCAGAGCAGAGGAGAGCCACUCAGAAUCCAUGGGUGGUAUGUCUAGGGUUCGCAUGCCAGCCAAAACGUCCACCGGAGUUUGAGAGUGCUUACUUCAGUGGAGAGGGGUAUUCCGCGAAUCUACAUUUUACCGACAACAGUGGGAUUUGGCCAACGACCUAAUGGGAUUGCACGAGACUGCGAAAUAAUAAGACUUUAAAAUGACUGCGAAAUCCCGAAAACUGUACACUGUUAAGACACAUAAAAUAUAAAAGAUAAAAUUAAAAUAAUUACAUAGAAAAUUAAAGAAAUUAUCCGAGA